GGCGUCUAUGCAGAUAACAGUUAAACGAGAGCCCGAAGCGCAUUCAACAUCGUAGCUCUACUAACAAAAAUCCAAGCGCGACUUCGGGAACCCGACCCCGAGAUCCACCAGAGAUAGAAGCGUGUUUAUUUCAUCUGUACCAGAACUGCAACACAUUUAACAACUCGUUUGAGAAUGAAGAUCGUAACUACACUUGCCUUGCUGUUGGUGAUGAUAGCAUCAUAUCAAAGUAGUGUAUUAGCUGACGAUGAACAGGUUGAUGAUACAGACGACAAAAGAAGUUGGAAAGCAGGGUUAAUUAAAAAAGAUGAUACGGAGUUAGAUAAAAAGUGGAAAGCAGGACUUUUUAAGAAAGACGAAGAAGACGCAGCGGACGAUGAAAAACGCUGGAAAGCGGGACUUUUUAAAAAAGACGAUGAGAAAAGGUGGAAAGCUGGUUUGUUUAAAAAAGAUGUCUACGACGAUGAGGAGGAAAAGCGCUGGAAGGCAGGCCUUUUCAAGAAGGAUGACAGUAAACGUUGGAAAGCGGGUUUGUUUAAGAAAGACGCUGAACUAGACGCAGAAAAACGCUGGAAGGCAGGCCUCUUCAAAAAAGACGAAGACGACGCCGAAGAAUCGAAGCGCUGGAAGGCGGGUUUGUUUAAGAAGGACGCAGAGGAUGAGAAACGAUGGAAGGCCGGCUUAUUCAAAAAAGACGCAGAACAAGACAAAAGAUGGAAGGCAGGACUUUUCAAGAAAGAUGACGAUCUUGAUGAAAAGAAAUCGUGGAAAGGAGGCAUUUACAAAAGGGACGCUAAACGAUGGAAAACUGGAAUUCUUAUUAAGAGGAAUUCACCGGAAACGGAAUAUGACGUUGAUAAUAAAAUCUUGGAAGAAAUUGAAAAAGACUACGAAGAACUUAAUGAGCUCACAUCGUGUAUAGUUGCGUUGAGGGAAUUGGGAUACGAAGUUAUGAAACCAGACAUGCAGCAACAAGGAUGCUAUAUCAGCGCAGACUACGCCCUCUAUUGUGAAUCGUAGGAUGCCAGGAUGGUAGAACAGGAAAUGACAUCACAAUGCAAAAUACAAAUGGAAACGGACUGUAUUUUUGAAGCACACUGUACAAUGUAAUUUUAUCGGCAUAAAUCGCACAAAUACGGAUGAUUAUAUCUGUGUUUUUUUGUUGUUAUAUAAACGAAUAAUUUGAAAAAAAAAAACUACUUAUCAAAGGUGGUUAUUAAACUGAUGAACGGAGGUUGAACAGGUGUUAUAGAUUGGUUCUAAAGUUUGGGAUUUGUAAGAUCAUUAAUAUUUAAUACGUAAAACAUAAAACAUGUGCAGCCAUGUUGUGCAUGGAAUUGAAAAUACUUCGUUCACAGUAGACGAAUCCCAACAUUUAAAACCAGAAAAAAUGAGGCAUGUUAACAGUCAGACAAUUUUUGGCAGUUACCUAACAAAGAAAAAUAUCAGUUCUCGAUAGCAACUGAAACGAUAUAGAUUUGAAAACAUUGUCUGUCUGUUGUUGUUGUUGUUUUUUUUUUUUGUGCAUAUCAUCUCAAACAUUGAAACAUAUUUCAACAAGUUGUAAAUAACUCCCAAAUACUCUGCUGCCGUUAGAUGGCGCUAUUGUCUUUGUCAAUAACUAGCAAUUGGAGGUUAUGCAGAUAAACAACAUGUUUUAUAUUUAGUUUAUGAGGGAAUACCUUUGUCCUAGUAGUAACGGGCUCUGACAGCCAAGCACUGACAUGUCAAACUUGGGAUAUAGUAUCCUGAUUUGUUUGUUUGCUCAGUGGUUACUCAGCUUGGAUCUACUUGGGAUAAAAACUUAUUCUGACAUGACAUGUUCAAUCAGUAAUAGUAUGAUAUCUUAAUGAACUUGUCACAUUGAUUUUUCAAAUAACUUUGAUAUAUUACGACAUGUUACACAAUCUGCGAUCCGCAGUUCAGGGCAUGUACACGGAAUCCUUUAUCCCAUACUCACUAUUAUUGUAUUUAGAAAUGAUAAUGUGGUUGCCCCCAAAUUUGUGUAUUUUUCCUUUUGAUUUGUUGUUAUUCUAAUUAUAAAUAUGUUUAAAUUUGAGAAUUUCUGAACCAUUAAAGAGGAUUCUAUG